AAAACCUUUAUUAUGAAAAGGUGACUUAGUAAAUUUAAAUAAUCAAAUAGUUAAUAAUGAAAAUGUAUCAAAAUUUGUGUUAUAACAAUUCUAUUUAAUUAAGUAUAACGUGUUGUUUACAUUUCAAGUUGCGUUUUUUGUGACGUCACAUUUCUCAAACACCCCCCCCCUCGCCACACAUCGUCAUAAAUGUCUGAACCCCCGAGGUGCGUGACGUCAUUUAUGGACAGCCCCUUAGUGUUGAUGAUGUGUGUUAGUGAUGUGGGUCCGUGUUGAUGUGUUCGUGAUGAUGUGGGUCCGCGUGAUGAUGUGGGUUUGUAUUGAUGAUGUGGGUUUGUAUUGAUGAUGUGUUAAUAAUGAUGUGAGUCCGUGUGAUGAUGUUAGUGUUGAUGUAGGUCUGUGUUGAUGAUGUGGGUCUGUCAUGUGGGUCUGUGUCAUGUGGGUCUGUGGCACUGGGGGUGUCCCCCUGUCUACACCACGUGGCGACAUCGCCCCCUACUGCCGUCACAACUUGCCAGGACUCCAAAAUGAGGAAUCCCGGCCCUCGGCGACGCAUGGUUGACUCAGUGCUCGUUCACUGCACUUGCCCCAACAGACUGUUAAAGGCUCUCCGUGGGUUUCUCUGUAUCGGUGCGUGUGUGUAGAUGGCCGGGGUUACAGAUCAGGAUAUGGGUGGCAGCAGGGAUGUGCAGUGGAGCGCGCAGAUUCCAUCAAACGCCAUUACCACCGGCUUUGGCAAAACCCCGCAAGAAAUCCUGACGCUAUUUGGAGAUAACCUGACCCCUAUCGAGAGGAGUGAACUCUUCACCGUGGACCGUGUCUGGUAUUUCGGACUCCACAACAGAGGAUUAGGCACCAAAAACCUGGACUACGAUGAUGCCUAUAACCAUUACGUCUCGGUCCAAUACGAGCAUCUAAAUUUCCGCUACGAGGUGCUGGAAUGGUUGGUGCUCAAAGGUCAAAGCCAGCUCUUCAGAUGCCGAGACCACAAGACCAAUACCAUGGUGAACGUGAAGAUGUGGAGGCAGCCAACGAGCCCCCAGGAUAACCACAUGCAGGCGAUGGAGCUCAAGAUCUUUUUCAGACUUCAGGAACUGGCCAAUGAUUUCAAUGUAAAACUCCUGGACCAUUUUUACUUCAGAGGGCACAACUGCCUCGUCCUGGAGGACUUAUGCAAUCCAAGUGUCUCCCAUUCUAUUAAAUCGAUGAAAUCCCAGCGAGACGUGAUGGUGAUAGUGCAACUAAUCACCAAGUCCAUUCUCAGAAUCCUGAUCCAGCUCCACACCAAGGGCAUUGUGCAUGGGAACAUCAAGCCGAAGAACUUGUCAUUCAAGGACGCCCUGGCAGGAACCAUCCGCAUCAAAAACGUAGAGAGCAGUUUUUUUCCCGGAUGUCAAUGUUCACAGAUUUUUGGUACUCGUGCAUACCUUGCCCCAGAGGCUUUCCUGGGACACGCGGCCUCGUUCCCGGUUGACAUGUGGGCGCUGGGCUGUACGGUGGCCGAGUUGGUUACUGGGAGCGUCCUGUUUCCGGCCGUCGGCCGGUAUGACCAACUUCCAUGUUACAUGGAGGUCCUGGGAAUGCCUCCUGAGAGUCUGGUGAAUGCCGCGCCCGAGAGGAACAAAUACUUUGACCCUUUGGGCAGUCCUGUGAUGUCCGGACAAGACAGGGUACCGGGCAGUAACCCAAUCAGCGUGGCCCUCGGGAGUCAGGACACGGAGUUCAACGACUUCAUCAGCCGCUGCUUGGAAUGGGAUCCGGCUCUGCGCAUGACGCCUGUCGAGGCGCUGGCGCACCCUUGGCUGGGAAGGACGCCACCGGACGAGAGAGUGCCCAGGCAGCCAGCGGCGUCCACCCAGGAGGAUGAGACGCAACAGGACGGGUCGGUGGAGCAGCACGGGCCUGGGCCCCAAGGUGGGCCCCAGGUUGAGCAGCACGGGCUUGGGGCCCAAGCUGGGCCCCAGGUGGAGCAGCACGAGCCUGGGCUCCAAGUGGAGCAGCACGGGCCUAGGCCCCAAGCUGGGCCCCAGGCGGAGCAGCAUGUGUCUGGGCCCCAAGCUGGGCCCCAGGCGGAGCAACAUGGGCCUGGGCCCCAAGCUGGGCCCCAGGCGGAGCAGCACGGGCCUGGGCUCCAGGUUGAGCAGCACGGGCCUGGGCCCCAGGAUGGGAGCCAGGUGGAGCAGCAUGGACCUGGGCCCAAAGCUGGGCCCCAGGUGGAGCAGCAUGGGCCUGGGCCCCUGGAUGGGAGCCAGGUGGAGCAGCACGAGCCUGGGUCCCAGGCGGAGCAGCACGGGCCUGGGCUCCAGGUUGAGCAGCACGGGCCUGGGCCCCAGGAUGGGAGCCAGGUGGAGCAGCAUGGACCUGGGCCCCAAGCUGGGCCCCAGGUGGAGCAGCAUGGGCCUGGGCCCCUGGAUGGGAGCCAGGUGGAGCAGCACGAGCCUGGGUCCCAGGUGGAGCAGCACGAGCCUGGGCUCCAGCGGGCAGAGGAGGAGAAGAAGAGCGAGGAGGAGAAGAGUGAGGAGGAGAAUCGGGAGCAGAAGAAUGGGGAGGAGGAGAAUAGGAAGAAGAAGCACGUGUCCCUGGGUAGAGCGUGCAGAGUGGUCCGCUCAAUUUUCCGCGCCCUCUUCUACUGCGGUGAUUCACCCACCGCAGAAUAGUGGGGGAACUAAGUGUGGUAAUGUCGUGUGAUGGGAUCAACAUUGCCACCAUCACACAUUCACCACACACCACCCACCACACAUGCACACACUCACCAUACACCACACAAACAUGCACACAUUCAUCACACAUAAG